AGCAAAUUCUACAGAGGAGGGUUUGAUGUAAAAAUGAGCAAGAGAGAGGCAAGUCUCAUUCUUGGAGUCAGCCCGGCAGCUAGCAAGACCAAAAUAAAGGAGGCCCACAAAAGAAUAAUGUUGCUGAAUCACCCGGACAGAGGAGGUUCACCAUAUUUGGCAGCCAAAAUAAAUGAAGCAAAAGAUUUGAUGGAUAAACCAGGAGGUGGUGGAUAA